AAUGAGUUGGAUUGUUAUCCUUGAGAUAGGCGAUUGGAUGAUUUAGAUCAAGCUUGGACACGAGAGCUACACAAAUAUUUCAAAGCUUGAUCUUGCUAUAUUGUUUAUGAUGCUUGACUAUAUCCUCACAAUAAUUUGCUCAACAAAAAUCAAGAAAAGUUGAGCGCGUGAUCGAGAUACAAAUGGUCGCGAAUGCAUUCUUGUUGGCCGUCACUUUUCUACAUGUCUUCCUCUGCCCGUACACGAAAGUAGAGGAAAGCUUCAAUCUGCAAGCCGUCCACGAUCUGCUAUUUCAUGGCACUUAUUUAGCAGAGUAUGACCACAAGUCGUUUCCAGGCGUUGUACCGCGCACAUUCGUUGGUUCAGCAGCAAUAGCUGCAAUCUGUGCGGCGCCUUGCAGAGCAUCGGUUGCAUUGGGCUUUUCAAGGCUUGCAUGCCUUUACAUUGCUAGGCUUACCCUGGCAGUCCUAGUGGUCGCAGCUUUGUUCUACCUUGGGAAGGCAGUCCAGGCUGAAUUGGGACGGCCAGUGGGUACUGCCUUCAUCCUGAUCACUGCACUGCAGUUCCACCUGCCAUUUUAUGCAAGCCGUACCCUGCCCAACACCUUUGCGCUCGCUUGUGCCAGCGUUGCACAUGCAGAGUGGCUCGCUGGCCGGCGAACUCACAGGACCAUCCUGCUUCUUGCCUUCUCUGUGAUUGUGCUGCGGUGCGAUCUGUUGCCAUGGGCGGGCCUGGUGGGGCUGCACAUGGUGGCCUCAAGGCAGAUCUCCCUGGUGAGGGGCCUGCUGAUUGGGAUAGCGGCUGCAGCUGCCAGCUUGGCGCUGACUGUAUCCGUUGACUCAGUCUUCUGGGGCCGCUGGCUGUGGCCGGAGGGAGAGGUGCUGUGGUUCAACACAGCUGAGAACAGGAGUUCAGAGUGGGGUGUGAUGCCGCUGCAUUGGUACUGGACGUCCGCCCUGCCGAGGGCCCUGCUGGGAGCUCUGCCGCUGGCUGCGCUGGGGGUCCUGCUAGAACGGCGCUUGAGGCCUCACCUCGCAUGCGUGGCGUUAUAUAUUGCUCUCUACUCCUUCCUCCCACACAAGGAGGUGAGGUUUCUUCUACCUGUGCUGCCGCUUUUCAACGUUGCGGCAGCAGCUGCAGCGUGGCGGCUCUGGAUCAACCGGAGAAAGUCGAUAGUUUGGCGAUUCGGGUGCUGGUGUGCUGUGGCGCUUCUGGCGGCAACGCUGGCAGCAACUGUGCUGAUGACGGCUGUUUCACUGCAAAAUUAUCCGGGCGGCUAUGCUCUGGCCAAGCUGCACAGACUGGAGAGCAGUGAGGCAUUGGCAGCGCAGCAAACAGGGCGGAAUCUGACAGUCCAUAUUGAUGUGAGCGCAGCGAUGACUGGUGUCUCAAGGUUUGGGGAACAGGGUGUGCCCUGGGUGUACUCCAAGGCAGAGGGACUGAGCCAGGAAGAAUUAAAGGAGCAGAAUUUUGAAUAUUUGAUAUCUUCAGAGCAAAGUGUUGGAGGGUACACUGUGAUAGGGAUGCAAGAAGGCUACAUGGGGCUACGAUUACAUCGGGACCCUAGAGCAAUUCUAGAGCGCCUCAAUAAAUAUUGGCAAAGCCCAGUAGAAGUCUUGCUAGAGCCAAAACUAUACAUGCACAAGCAUCUAUAGGCAGCUCUCUGCUGCACUUGUGUGGAUGACUUUCACGGAGCGAUUUGUUCUGCGAACAAAUUUCUAAGGAUGGAGGAAAGUGCACUACAUUCAAUGAAAGUUUCUGCCAGUGUGGAAACAAUGUUCCUAGCUAGCUACAGGCUUUAUGGUAAUAACAAACUUCAGGAGCUCAGGAAUAAAUUUUGAAUGACAACAAUUGCACAUCUAUAAUUAAAAAACACAGCUACAUCUAUAUCUACACUACUUCAACAUACAAACAAAUUGCAGUGCUGGCCAGGACUGCUGUCACAGUUCACUAAUUGUGUCAGACAACACAUUGGUGCGGCCUGGAGGGGUGCUGCCUACACUGGAUGCCACAUUGAGGGCUCUUGCAGGUUUGCCCAAAGCCUCCUGCAUGGAAUGAACUGUCACCCGUAAAGCUUCCUUCCGCAGGACUCUGUAUUUCACCAGCAUCUGCUCUCGCCAGUCUUUCAGGGUGUUUCUGUCCAACAGAGCCCUGUCUUCAGCCUCACUGGUGGGAAAGCUCGCCAAAAUUUGCUCAAGGCGUUGCAGCUCCUCCUGUGUGCACAGAGAGCCUCCGGGGGAAUAAUCUGAGUCAUCAGGGGGCUCUUCAAUAUCUUCCCAGAGCGUCCUGUACCCCACUGGCAGAUCCACAGCACACAGCAGGGGUGGCCGCCGAUCGUGGACAAAGAAAUAGUUCAGCAGGGCUUUGUCAUUGCGAUUUAUGCUCCAGCUGUAUCUAUAUGUCACCUCUUGGCCCUUCCUAAUGUCUGUGAGAGCCACCGCGACAAAGGACUGGGUCUUGUCGUCCUUGAUGACGUUGACAUUGCCAUUGCUCUCAUGGUUUAACAUGUCCAUCAGGGGCAAGAGCCACCGUCGAGGCUGCCCUGUCUCAUCUGGGAACCCAAAGGAAUAGGAGUCCAUCUGCAGGAUAGUCAGAGCAUGUUAGGGCAAAGGGCGCCAGUCUCUUUGUGUCUAUUCAAAGCCAUGAAAGAUUUCCUUGUUACCCACCAGAGCUGCAUAGUGUGAGAAGUCCUCGAGCAUGACCAACUUGG